UCCAAUUAAACCGAUUGGUUUAAAUCAAAUCCGGUUCGCUCGAUACACGUUGCCUAUAUAAAGCACUCCAGUGAACGAACGUCUUCUUCCUCAAUUUCGCUUUCGCAUUCGCAUUCGCAUUGAACAAGAAGAGAAGAUGACUCUGACUCUAAACAUGGCGGAUACUCUAAUCAACCCCUCCCAAGAAGCGGAUUACACCUACGAUCAUCAUCCCGAGGAAGAUAACACUCCCAUCGACCUCUCCCUCCUCCGCAUCAACAGCUUCGGAAACAACUCCUCAGAUCGCCGCCGCGCGAACUCCUCUCCUCCGCAGUUCCCAUCUCACGGAUCUUUCUCCUCUUCCUCCACCGCCUUCGCCACCACGAGCCCCGUGAAACGCCCCUCACCGGAGCCGAAAGAAGCCGACGAGCCGAGGCGCAAGAAGCUGUUCCUCUCCCCGCCGGAGACUAAGGAAGAAGACGAAGAAGAAGAGAUGUCUAACCGCCUGGGGUAUAAGAAGGUCCCGCUUCCUCCGGAUUGCAACCCGACGCGAGUCCGUCCGACUCCGGUCUACCAGAGAUCUCUCUCCGAUACGUUUGCUUCCACCGGUUAUACUCGUCGCCGCGGCGUUGCUCAAGAAACAGCACCGUCGUCGGGUAACAUCGUCUCUUCUCUGCCGCCGCGGCCACGCAAACCGGUGUUCCGGAGGUCGGUCUCCGAUCUUUCGCCGGCACCACCUUCGAUGGCGCUUCUCGGCUCUUCUUCUCGCUCCACUGCGGUUGAUGAAGCAAUUUUCGCGAAUCGAGAAACCUCUGAGGCCAAUAAGAUGCUGUAUGUGAUCAAGGAUGGAGUUCGUGAAUUGGAUCAGUGGUGUAACAAGCUCUUACACUACGGUGAAGCUGUGAAGCAAGACGACUGUCCUAAGGAAGAAGAUGAGUCGCAAGAGGAGGAGGAGCAAGAGAAAGCGUAUAAAGAAGGCGUGAAAGUGGACAGAGUGGGCGAGGCGUUUGUUGUUGAGAUCAACUGUCCUUGUGGAAGAAACUACCGAACUCUCUUCUCUGGCCGAGACUGCUACUACAAGCUCUUGUAGAGACAUGGUUUGAUCACCAAUCAUCACUACAAGUGGAAGGAAGGAUCUCUCUCAUGGUGCAAAUCAUUCACAUAGGUUCUGUAGAUAAAGCAUACGCACACACUGUUUCGUGCUUGCAGAUACUAGCUCUAUACACAUUGUUUCAUACGCCAUUGUUUUGUUCUUUGUAUAA